CGGAACUAAAACUUCAUCGCAAAGGAAAAAGUUUAUCCAACCAAAUGAAGAUUGUGAUUCUUCUUGCCUGGCUUUUGGCCAUCACUGUUCCUUUUGAGGCCCGCCCUAGAGAAAUUGAAAGCAAUGAACGAUGGCCAUUCCCAUUUCAUCCAUCACCUCCAACUCUGGGCAAUCCACCUCAAAACCAACCUUUAAAUUCUGGGUUUUGUUAUCCAAAGGAGAUAGUUUACCCUCUAAUAAUGGCUGUAAUAGAACUAGCAAGGAAUGCUGCUGCUAGGCCUCCUAGUCCCCCAGGGCCUCUAGGACCUCCCAGACCCCCAGGGUUUCCAAAGCUUCCAGGACCUCCCAGAUUCCCAGGGUUUCCAGGUCCCCCAGGGCCUCCCAGACCUCAAAGACCUCAAAGACCUCAAGUGCCUGAGGGGCCUAUGGGUCCUGUAUGGCCCAUGGGUCCUGAGGGUCACCCUGGUCUCAUACCUCCUGAGAGCCCUCCACAACCCAUAAAUCCUGAAAGUUUUCCAUGGCCCAUGAGUCCUGACAGCCACCACCAAGACAUGAAUUCUGAAGGCCCCAUGGGGCCCGACAGCCACUACCAAGACAUGAGUCCUGAAGGCCCCGUGGGGCCCAAGGAUCAUGACAGCCACCCCCAUGACAUGAGUCCUGAAGAUCCCAUGGAGCCCAUGAAUUCUGAGCACCACCCCCAAGGCAUGUGGCCUCAUGUGGAGUCCGUGUAAAGUGGAGGCAAAACCUGCUUUGUUGAUUGAUUUUGUUGAGAAGCUGUUCGGAUGAUAUCUAGAAGACUUUUUAUGUUUGUUUCUGGCACAGCUGUAUCCUGAUUUCAGCUGACUUUUUAAAGCAUUGCAAUGUAUUCCUUUAAAUA